AUGAAACCCACCACGCUCCUCGCCCCGCUCGGCCUCCUCCUCUUGCACACCCAAACCAUCACAGCAACCUGCUUCCCAUACACUCACUCCCGCUGGGGCCAAGUCGGCCGCAACUCCGCCAUCGACUUCAUCAACUUCGCCUGCACGCAGCCCGGCGGCAUGUUCACCGGCUACUACAAACCGAGGCAGACCAAGUCCAUGUGUCCCACCGACGGGGAAGGCAAGCACCUCUCGUUCCAGGUGCAGAAUUUGAACGACCAUGAUGGGUUUGACUUGAAGGACGAGGAUUGUGUGACGCGCUUGAGGAAUGAGAUUUUGGGGUGUCAGGAGGGCGGGGAGUCGAGUGUUUCGGGGUGGCGAUUCCGUGCGGAGCCGAAUGGCUGCUAA